GGAGUUGUGUCCAAAAACAAGAGCCAAAAGUCGGAGCCAAUAAUCGGCAAAAGCAUUCGCUAUAUAGUGGCGGCCGUUAUCUUCAACGACGACAAUGAGGUGCUUAUGAUAGAGGAGUCAAAGGCCAAGUGUCGGCACAAGUGGUCUCUGCCGUCGGGCAAAGCGGAGCCAAACGAACAGAUCGUAGACGCAGUCAAACGGGAAGCGUUCGAAGAGUCGGGCCUCGAGAUCGAGCCGACGGCUCUGGUGGUCGUCGAGAGCUCUGGCGGUAAUUGGUUUCGGUUUACGUUUACGGCGCGAGUGAUUGGCGGCCAACUGAAGACCGUUGCGGACGCGGAAUCAAUUCAGGCCCUCUGGUGUUCGCAACAGUUCCUCCAGAAGGCUAACCUCCGCAGCGAAGACACGUUGAAUAUGAUUGAAUUCGUCCGCAAGUCUGACAAGUCUUACAAUCCGUUCAUCGGUUCCCAAUUCGUCGCCAUUGAAGGCCACAAUCGGACGCUUUUAAGGCUUGUCUUUGCUGUCGAGAGGCGUCGAGACCAAUUCGUGUUGGUCUCAGAGUUGCCGUCACCUCAUCUGCCCGUCUGUGAUAUCCAUCCGACAAAUAGUCUGAACGUAACGUUAAAUAAUUUUAUUAAGUGGAUAUUCAUGACAUCUAAUAUCGCAAACCACUGGCCAUUAGGUGUGUUCACUGUUGAACACAACGGAGUGCCGGAGCACUCGCACGACGGACUGUGCCUAACAGUGUUAGUGAAGGGGAAGGGCUUUAUUGAUGCCAUCGAUCGGCCGCCGCGUGACUACGCUUGGAUCCGAUUGAGUCAACCCCUGGAGUCGGUGCUCAACACUUGUCUCAAUAGCCCGAAGAGUGAACUCAUUUACUGGAGGGCUAAGUAUUGGUCCAAAAGAAAGGCUAAUAAGUCGUUUAGUUAA